UUCGUUCAUAUGGAGUCGACGGUAAUUGAAAGAGAGUCGAGAUCCUUUUCUUCCAUUUCCAAACUUCACUCUUUUCAACCACGAUAACUACGAUUUCUCAAGAGGAUUCUUGGGCUUUACGAUAUUUAUGCGAUAUACUAUACUGACCCUUAUCUUUUGGAUUCAUUGAGGACGAUAAGCUCUUUCUUCUUACCUUCGUUGGCGGAUUCGCCGCGACCCGCAUUAAUCUUUCGAUUCUCAGGGUGCUGAUAGCCCCUAACCUCUCUUCAAUAUGCGUCUUCUUUCAAUUUCCUUAAUAUCAACCGUCUUUACCUCUGUUGUAUUGGCACAAUCUGGGGAACAGAAGUUGGAAAAUGCCUCUCCUGAAUUACCUGGAGAACUCUCUGCGGAUGAAGUCUCAGAUGUACCACAACCAACAAUAUUUAAUGGAGUCGAAGUUCCCCCUCUUCCUGAAAUAGAUGGAGAAUCUUUUAACAAGACAAUCGCGGAUGGAUAUUGGUUUGUUAAACAUCACUCGUGAGAACUCAUUGCUUCAUUUCUUUCAAGAGAUUAUCAUGCUCAUAACAACUUCAGACCGUACUGCCCGCAUUGCAUACACAUCGCGCCAACAUGGCAAACACUUUACGAGUUCUAUUAUACUUCGAAACCAGUCAAGUCCGGGACUGACGAUACUACUUCUACAUCGAUGAACUCUUUCACGGCUUAUUACAAUUAUCAUUUCGGUUCUCUCGAUUGUAUUGCUUUCGGAACUGCCUGUUCAGAUCAUGGAGUAACUUCUUUCCCAACCUUCAUAUUAUAUAAAGAUGGUGAGGAAUCAAAGAGAUUUGUCGGACCUAAGGAUAUGGAGAAAUUGGGUGCUUUCAUUGAGGAAAAUCUAGAAUCAAUUAGACCAGGGUCUAGGCCAAUUGGUGGACCAAAGUUCCCACAAGAACGCGACACACAAAGUCCAGAUUAUAAACCUGCAGCAGCAACAAAGGAGACCGAAAAGACAACCGAGAAGUCCACGGAGAAGGUAUCCGAUAAGUCAUCCGAAAAGUCAUCAGAGAAAUCCACAGAAAAGUCAUCCCAAGGAUCAGCGCGGAAACCAGAAAAAGCAGCAGAGAAAGUCUCGGAGAAAGCCGCAGAUAUUGUUGUGCCAGCAAAGGAUACCGUUAAGGAUACUGUAAAGGAUGUUAAGGAUAGUGUUAAGGAUUCCGUCAAAGAUGCUGUCAAGGACACAAAAGCCGACACCGCCAAAAUUACUACCAAGCCUACCCUCAAAGCUACAUCAGUUGAAAAGAAACCUUCAAAACCAACCCAAACUGCGAACCCACUUGGUACAUCCGUAUCCCUCACAGCAGAGAGCUUUCAAAAUCUGGUCACAAUGUCUCAAGAUCCUUGGUUUAUCAAAUUUUAUGCUCCAUGGUGUCAUCAUUGUCAAGCUAUGGCUCCUAACUGGGCUCAAUUGGCAAAAGAGAUGAAAGGAAAACUUAAUGUUGGAGAGGUUAAUUGUGAAGCAGAGGCUAGGUUAUGUAAGGAUGUUCAUGUUCGAGGAUAUCCAACCAUUCAUUUCUUCCGUGGUGGAGAACGUGUUGAAUAUGAAGGACUUAGAGGAUUAGGUGACUUUGUUACCUUUGCUAACAAAGCUGUUGAUAUUGGUGAUGGUGUUAAGGAUAUUGAUGCUGCUGGAUUCAAGGAAUUGGAAGAGAAAGAAGAUGUUAUCUUCGUUUACUUCUAUGACCAUGCAACUACCAGCGAGGAUUUUGCAGCACUGGAAAGAUUAACCUUGAGUUUAAUUGGACAUGCCAAACUUGUCAAGACGAACAGUGCUGCUCUUGCCGAUCGAUUCAAGAUUACAACCUGGCCUCGUCUAUUGGUAUCUCGAGAUGGUAGACCAACCUAUUAUACAGCACUCGCACCACAAGAUAUGCGUGAUUUCAGGCAAGUUCUACACUGGAUGCAAUCAGUUUGGUUACCUGUUGUACCUGAACUUACAGCUUCGAAUUCACGCGAAAUCAUGGACGGUAAGAUUGUCGUUCUAGCAAUUCUUUCUCGAGAACGUGAAGCCGAUUUCGCAAUGGCUAAGAAGGAAUUGAAGCAAGCUGCAUUGGAAUGGAUGGAUAAACAAAUCAUCAAUUUCCAACGUGAGCGUCAAGAAUUGAGAGAUGCUAAACAACUUAGAUUGGAAGAAGCCGAGGAUCGUAAUGAUCAAAGAGCUUUGAGAGCUGCCAAAAGUAUCAGAAUCAAUAUGGAUAAAUCUGAUCAAAAGGAGGUUGGAUUUGCUUGGGUUGAUGGUGUAUUUUGGGAAAGAUGGAUUAGAAGUACUUAUGGUAUUGAUGUUAAGACUGAUGGUGAAAAGGUUAUUAUUAAUGAUGAAGAUGUAAGUAUUUUCGCUUUUCUCUCGAUUAUUCCAACACUUUCCUUGAAGAUAUUAACACUUUAAAUAGAAUCGUCGCUACUGGGACACAACCAUCACUGGAAACUACAUCAUUCCUUCUCGUACAUCAAUUUUGGAAACAAUUCCAAAAGUUGUAUCCAACCCUCCAGUCAUCAAACCAAAGAGUACUGUUGGUUCAUUUGAAAAGAUGUUCUUCAGUAUUAGAGGAGCAAUUAGUGGACAUCCAUUCCUCAGUUUCGGAGUAGCUUUAGGAAUGAUCUUAGGAGCUACAUUGUAUGGUAGAGGAAAGAUAGGAGCGAAAAGGGGGGGAUUCUUUAGGGUAGAUGAUGGAAAAGAUGGAUUGUUAGGUGGGGUUAAUGGUGGAGGAAAGGUUGAUUAAAUAAAAGCAGUCAUCUUAUCAUUGCAGAUGAUGAAGAAAUGGAGGUGGUUAAUUCUAGGGAUAGAUAGUUGUUUGGUGGUAGGAGUACGAAGCGGAGUUACUUGAAUUGAUUCAUUGAUUAAUGGUUUAUGGUAGCAUAGGGUAGCUAGGCUUGGCUAGGCGGCUAGGCUAGGCUAAGGUAUUCUAGGUGAAGUAGGGCUUUGAAUUUUUUAAAUAAAUGUAUUCUAAGGGUUAGGUUAGCCGUGAUUUUUUUUGGAUUUUAUAAGUAUUGAAGCUAUUGAGAAUUGAGUAUGCAAUUUGUCUACGA